AUGUCAUCUUUCGCGAAGUCCAAGUUGAAGGCAGCGAGAGAUGCAAUUGGCAAGAAAAACUACGAACAAGCGCGUGAAGCUGCCGCACAGGUCCUUGACUACGAGCCUGAUAACUAUACUGCCCAUGUAUUUCUUGGUCUUGCCCUCUUAGAACUCGGUCAGCACGAGAAGAGCGAGCAACUUUAUCGAAAGGCCAUAGCGCUCAAGGACGACCAAGUACUCGCAUGGCAGGGUGUUGCGAAGCUUUACGAACAAACUCACAGGUGGAACGAUUUGGCAGAUACUCUGGAACACAUAAUGCAGAUAUUCGCGAAAACCGACGACGCAACGAAAUGUGCUGAGACCCUUCAAAAAUUUAUGGACGUUCGCCGGCAACAUGGGACACGCCGAGAGGUCAUUCAAGCACUAUUCUUUUACCUGCCAGACUCUUCCUUGUAUCCGGUUAUUUCAUCGCUUCCUCCACCCGAUCCUACGAAUCCUACCUCGACUUCAAUUUUCCCUACUCAAUCGGCAAUUCACAACUCACUCGUUGUAUACGAGGAGCUUAUCUCGCUGACAGAACGAGAAGAAGAAAUGUUCAUCAAAUCUGAGUUUGACAAGCGACGCACCCGCCUUGGAGCUCCUAAGCCUGAGCAACUCAAGAAAGAUAUCGGUAUUGAGGUUUGGCGCUCAUCAAAGCUUCCAACGUUGUACAAUGAUAUUCUCAAUCAUCCCAAUACCUCGGACGAACUACGGCGUGCCACAGAAUCGAAACUCGUUCGAUAUAAACAGCAAUUAUUCUUCGCACUCCCACCCACUGACCCAGAGAAACGUCAAAUUGGCACGCAGCUGGAUGAGAUGGUUCACGGGAUUGUGACAAUUGGCAUACCGGAUGAGUUUGCUUGGUGCAUGUGGCUUGAAGGAAGAGACUGUGAUACAGUUGGUACGUGGCACCACAUCAAAUCGACUAUUAUUACUGAAUUAGCUGCUCUAGAGGGUCUUGGUCUUACGUAUCUCAAGCAGUUCAUAGAGCUCUUCCCGACAAGUCCAUUAACGCUGAUGUUGAAAGGAUACUUCGCAUACAACAGGACUGCCCAUGCUGACGAAGAAGCAAUGGAAGAACCGACCUUGACGUUCAUAAAUGAUCCCCCAGAAGAUAUCACUCACAUCACUCUUCAGGACGCUUUUGCAGCUCUCCCGGACUCAUUACUGGCGAAUAUAAUAACAGCUCGAGUCCAUUUACAGGAACUCGAAUAUACAGAUGCCAUUAAAGUCGCUGAAAGCGGACUGGAGUUGGUACGCAGGUAUGAGUCAAACACCGCCCCACCACCCUCGCGCUCUUUAUUCUUAAACGAUGUCCUGAAACAAGAUCCCACCAAUGUGGACGGAUUGAUGGGGAGGGGGUACAGAUGUUGUUUCGCGCAAGCGGCGAAGCAGCUCCCUGGUGAUAUGGACAAAGGUCUACAAGCAAAAGGAGGAAAGUGCGUGGUUGAUGCCGGCGCGGAUGCUUUGAAAGAGGUCUUUGAGACAUUGAAGGAUAUCGAGGAUCGAGAGUCCCGCGAGGAAGCUUUCAAAUACUUCAUUACAUCGCUCAAACACAAUCGCGAGUAUGCACCGGCAUACACUUCGCUAGGUGUAUAUUACUCAGAACACGCGUCGCCGCCCGACCCGACCCGAGCAUCGAAGUGUUUCCAGAAAGCAUUCGAACUUGAUGCCCGCGCCUUGCGGAAGGCUUCGCUGACGAGCGCUGAAUGGGAUCUGGUCGAGGUGGUGGCUCGGCGUACCAUAGACGGUGAAGGCGGGAUGGCUUCCGCAAAGUAUCUUCCGACAAACGCGUGGGCAUGGAAGGCUCUUGGUGUCGUGGAGCUGGUCAGGGAACAUGCUCUAACACUUAUUUUCAACCUGACUCUCCGAGCGGACGUCGACGAUCAACUCUCGUGGUUGAGACUCGGUGAGGCCUACAGUAAAGCCGGUCGCCACGUUGCUGCCCUUAGGGCCCUUGGUCGAGCACACGAACUUCAGCCGGAUGAUUGGAUGUGUACAUACUUUAUCGGAGAAGUCCAACGACAAGCGGGAAGGCUUACAGAAGCUCUUGCAUCUUUCCAGUCUAUACUAGAUAUCCGUCCCACUGAAGCCGGUGUUCUUUUAUCCGUUGCACAGACCCACCUCGACUUGGCCCGGCAUGAGCGGUUUAUCGGCUUCGUUGCUCGAGCUGAACAGUCCUUUGUCUCCUGCAUUAACGUCAUGUUAGCUGCCAUUCAAGAAAGCCCGGGAUAUCGUGGAGUCGCCUGGAAAAUCGCUGCUGACGCCCUGUUCGACUUGUCGGCAAUCACUGUCUUCGUGGAUGAAAGCAAUGUCCGUGCAGCCGUGACUGUGGUCCGCGAGCUUAUACAGGACCAAAGCAGUGCGCGGCUGGCUGGCUUAUUCAAGUUCACCUCUCUCUCUCCAGAUGACCCCAUCACCGGGCUCAAUGCACUUGAGGCUGCUGUUGCUGCAUACGAUUAUCGCAUAACAGUGGGUUCUCCUGAUGCAGCCGCUCUCCCAAGCUCGCUGUACGACCUUGCUGUCGCCCUGCAUGCGUGGAUUUUGAAACAGCCCCCUGAUACCACACAGCGAGCUUCGGAGGCAGCGAAUUCAUUCUUGAUUCAAGCCUUGCAGAAGGAGCCUGGAAAUGCCAGGUUCUGGAUCGCUUUGGGAGAUAUCCACUUUACACACAAGCCAAAGCUCUCGCAGCAUGCGUAUAUCAAGGCGCUCGAAUUUGACAACAAGAACGUGGUGGCGUGGACUAAGAUUGGUCUCCUAUACUUAUACCAUAACGACAUGGAGUUGGCCACCCAAGCAUUUAUGAAGGCGCAAACUCUUGAUCCGGAUCAUACCUUGGCUUGGAUUGGUCAAGCAUUGAUUGCCACAGCAAAUGGCCACGAAGCAGAAGCUCGUACAUUGCUCGAGCAUGCAGUGAGCAUGACAGCAGACGUGCCCGCGCUACCCACUAUAGAUCGCCUAUUGCCCGCCUUCUUCGUGCUCGGACGCUAUUUCCAGCGCUGCCCGGCUGAUGCCUGCGGCUUCCAUCUCUUCGGCCUGAUUUGCGAACACCUUGGAAAGCUUGAUCAAGGUGUGGAAUACAUCAACCGUGCGAUUACUCUCCUGGAAGCAGCAUAUGAGGAGAAAGAGGAUCCCAUAGUUGAACGACAGUUCAUCAUCGCACACACCAACCUCGCGCGGCUUCGUCUUGGGUUGGGGGACUAUGAAGCGUCUUUGGCAUCUUUCGAGAAUGCUCUAGGUCUGCUUCCCGAAGAUGCAGAGAGAGAAACACAGAUUCUACGCGUGCAAGCUCAAUACGGGUCUGGAAUGGCGUCUUUCAAGAUGGGCAAUCUUCAAGCCGCUAUGACGGCAUUCCAGGCUGCUUUGGAAAGCGCCGCCGACGAUCGCGUUCUUCGAGGACAGGUUACGGUUCUGCUGGCUCAGACAAUGUGGGCGAUUGGAACGGCCGAGUUUCACGAGUCUGCGAAAGGCUUGUUACUUGAUUGCAUCACCUCCGAUCCAGAAAAUUUGAUGGCGAUCAAUAGUCUAGCUGGAAUGGGGAUACUCACUGAAGAUGAUGGGCUAGUUGAUGCCGCACUUUCUGAAAUUCUGUCACUCCCUAUCGAGCAGAGACACGAGCUCGAUCCUCGAAGAGACGUGACGUAUCUCCUCGUGCAACAUUACCUUGGACUGGGUGACUCUGCUAGAGCGACUAAAAUCGCCGAAAAAGCCCUCCAUGUAGAGCCUUCGAAUCUGCAGCUGAGGCGUGAGGUCGCAUCUUUGUUACUUAGGCAGGGAGAUAGAGACGCCGCAUGGGCCAUCCUAGGAUCAGCAGCAGCGAAUCAAAACAUCGCAGAAGAAAAAAUAACCCUUGCAUUAUCAGCCCUCGCGCAACCAGUGCAAUCUCAAAGGAGUGCACAAAAAGCGAUAAUGCUGGAUCCCGGUCAAUUGCGAAAUUGGCAGACUUUGGCAUAUGUACGAGCACAAGAAGCGCCGUGA